AUGCUCCCUGGCGCCUUGAGUAAAAGUUUUUCCAAUAUGCACUGCAGGAUUGCUUCUCAUCGCUUCCUCCUCGUCUUCUUGCUCACGCGCCCUCCCACAGCUCGCGAUCAGGGGAUCAUUAAUGGAUUCCAUCUAUUCCAGUACUCCUCCAUCUCUGCCGUGGUCGUGUUCCGCUUCACCUCAAUUUAUGCUUCGCACAAGAGACCCAAAACGAUGCCUGCAAGAGGAAACAGAAAGCGCUGCUGCCAGGUACCAUGGAAUAAGAUCCAACGAGGUAGAACCAAAUUAGUUAUUCAAUGGGAGACCAACUUCCAAGGCACACUUCCGCACCGUGAUGUUUUGGCACACGACAACAUCGGAAAGCUUUUCAGCAAAGGCGUUUGA